AUGAACUUUUCUAGUGUUUCCACACAUCCGACCGAUCACUCCAUCACUAGUCUGUCAGCAGAUCUGUCGGCAAGAAAUUCUCUCAACAACUACUCAACAAUCGAUUCGUCGCCUCCGCCCGGAAGCGGUCGCUCCACCAGUUCUCCAGCGACGGGUCCGCCGGCUUUUAUCAUGCGUUCGGCGGCCGAACGGUAUCAGAGGACACCAAAAUGUGCUAGGUGCCGCAAUCAUGGCGUCGUCUCCGCUCUCAAGGGACACAAACGAUACUGUCGUUGGAAAGACUGUUCGUGCGCUAAAUGCACGCUAAUUGCUGAGCGCCAGAGGGUUAUGGCAGCGCAGGUAGCGCUUAGAAGGCAACAGGCACAGGAAGAGAAUGAGGCGCGAGAGUUGGGUGUACUGUACGGAUGCCAUGAGGGCCUGUUGGCCAUGCAUAGGGCCGGAUUCACUUUCUCGGCCGCCAUGUCUCAGCUAAUCCAAGCUAAUACAAGUGGUAGACGAGAUGCGCCUCCGGUUGACGCUCAGGAGAGGCCCACAUCUGAAUGCUCUUCAACUUCUGGCGAACCCAACGGUAGCUCUAAAUACACCGCAAACGUUGACAAAUCGUCGCCAUUGACCGUAGAUUUAGUAGAUAAUCAGCACUCAAAUAAGGAUCAGAAUAACUCCUCGAAGACAGGUUUGACUCAAUUUAUU